GUAGAACGCAGCGCGGACGUGGCGGCGGCGGCGGCGGCGGCGGGCCCGGGACUUCCGGUGGCGCGCCUCACGUGAUCCGCGCCGGAAGUGCAUUUCUGGUCUCCCGGGCAACAGCCCCUCCCGCCCGCGCCCCUUCGGUCUCCUCACAGGAAAUAGGUCCAUGUUCGCCCACCGCCCGAGAUCAGCAAGCUGCGAGCCCACGAGCUCCACCAUCCCCUUAGGAGAAAAGCUGCUGUUCAGUCCAGGAAGACGUGUGCCAUAAGAGAGUAGGAGACACUCCCAAAGAGAUUCAGUGCCCAUUUGGUCUUCCACCAUCACAGAUGGCAGCAAUGGCGGCAGCCUGGAAAACUACGGAGCCUUGGUUUUCUCAUCCCGUAUACGCAAGAUACUGGCGACACUACCAUCAGGCGAUGGCCUGGAUGCGAAGCCACCAUAAUGCCUACAGGAAGGCCGUGGAGUCUUACCUCACCGGCCCGUGGUUCUUGCCUCCUGCGGCUCUCCCCAGAAGCUCUUACGCUGACAAGGCCGGGUCUCCUUGGCCCCCUCGUGACCGCCCCCCAGCCCCCCCGGACUCGCGCCGCGGCCACUCACAUACUAGAAGGUCCGGGCAGCGUCCGCGGGCCUGCGCGACAGAAGAGCGGGCUCGGCCCGCAGAGGAGGAGGCAGACAGCGAGUCGGACGGGGGCGUGGAGUGCGACGUGAGCAACAUGGAGAUCACCGAGGAGCUGCGCCAGUACUUCGCAGAGACCGAGCGGCACCGGGAGGAGCGACGGCGGCAGCAGCAGCUGGACGCCCAGCGCCUGGACGACUACGUGAACGCCGACCACGGCCUGUACUACUGCACCCGGCGCUCGGUGGAGCCCCCCUCCGAGAGGCCCGGCGAGCGGCGCCAGGCCGAGAUGAAGCGCCUGUACGGGGACAGCGCCGCCAAGAUCCAGGCCAUGGAGGCCGCCGUGCAGCUGAGCUUCGACAAGCACUGUGACAGGAAGCAGCCCAAAUACUGGCCGGUCAUUCCGCUCAAGUUCUGAGCCCGGGGCGCAGCGUGCCCAGCCAUCACCCCCUUCCCCUCCCGCGCAUCUUCUCAGGGAAAUGUCUCUCAGCCCGAGAAAAAGGCAUGUUCACCAAAGUCCCAGGGGGCCCACCACAGGGGUAACACGUCGGCCGCUUGAAGUCGGCGAGAGGGAUACUGUCGCCAACAUGAAAGAUUUUCUUUUGGCCUAAAGUGAUGAUUUCAUGUAGAUUAUACUUGGUUUUGAGGUUGAUAUUCGGUUCAUUAAAGUCCUCUUUUUGCCACUG